AUGUGUGCAAUACACGAGCUAAAGAAAAUUGAGGAGGAUAUCUGCCCGCUUUACAAUCAAGAAUUCACCGACUGUGUCUCAAGUGACUUGUCUCAGUCAGCUGAAGGCGCACGCGCAGUUGUCAUUGCGGAAAAGCUUGUGCGAGAAGUGGAGGGACAUUUAUGUGUAGCAUUGCCGUGGAGAGACGAUAAGCUGCAAGGAGUGUGUAAUAAACCGGCAGCACUAAGGCGUUUAGAUUUUUUGGGUCGAAAGUUUCAAGUUGACCAAGGUAUGCGAGAUCAAUAUUCUGCAGUUAUCGGCAGAUAUUUGGAAAGAGGUUAUGCCAAAAAGGUAGAGACGGAAGCUGAUGACACUGGCUUCAAGUGGUAUCUACCACAUUAUGCUGCUCUGAAUCCUAAGAACCCGGAUAAAUUAAGGGUUGUAUUUGAUUGUGCAGCGGUUUAUUCAGGGGAGUCCUUGAAUAUGCAUUUGCUCCAAGGACCGAACAUCGUGUCCAGUCUAGUCGGAGUCCUGCUUCGCUUUCGUCAGAAGCCUAUUACCGUUACAUCGGAUAUUGAGGAUAUGUUUUUACAGGUCAAAGUUCCGGAAUUGGAUCAAACGGCUCUCAAAUUUCUAUGGUGGUCUGAGGGUAACCCAGCUCAACUAGUUGAGGAGUACUAUACCAAAACCAAAGGAUUUAUGGUGGAGCGAGAGAUCGAUUGGCGUUUUGGUCCUCCGGAGACCAGUCAUUGGGGAGGCAUCUGGGAAGGGAUGAUACGGUCCGUAAGGAGAAUCUUGCACGCCACCACCCGUGGUCACAGCGUUACCGACGAAACUCCGUUGAAUUUCGUCGCUGAAGUAGAACCGAUAUUGAAUGACCGUCCGUUAGUGCCACUGUCUGAAGAUGCGAAAGACUUAGACGCU